CAGUUUCAAUCACCGCCUGCAGUCGUGCACAAGUUCGUUCGCAGGUUAAAGUCCACAGUGCGGUUCCUAGCUGCACGGUGGAGUCGGGCUCGGUCUCCUGCGUCAUCAUGCGUCAUCCCGUAUUUGAUCCAGGCCAGUGAAUAACAACCAGGACACCCCUACAUUUCAACACUGUGCCCCAGCUUUCCAGGCAACAUUGGAUUUGCUUUACCCCUGAAUCCGCAAAAGUGCACUCCGCAUCAAACAUCAUGUUGCACUCCGCAUCAAACAUCAUGUCUGCAGUCAGAACCGUCACGGCCCUCCGGGCCACAAGAACCGCCCUGGCACCCGCAAGAAUCGCCCUGCUGCCCCUGACGAGAAGCGUGACCUACGACAAAGGAAAUGCGCCCGACCUCGCCACCAAGAACGACAGCUUAGGCGGCCCAAAUGGCUCAGAGCCCCCGGGACCCCAGAAGAACCCUUACAACUGGUAUGCCAUCCUUCCGAAAGCCGGCUCGGGGUUGAAUCCACUCGGAUCAGCGCUGACAUGGGUCUUACAGGUGGGCGGGCGGAGCAGCAAUCGGAGCCGUGGGCAUCAUGGGGAUGUGGAUAGUGACCAAGAAGGAGCCUAAACGAUCAGUCCGCUAGUCUUCGAUGGCUAGGAGGCGGCGACGAAUUCACGAUAAGCCUUCACAAGAUCCGUGAAACAG